UACCCGCUAACGAAGGACCCGGCCAUCGGACAUCGCGAAGACCACGGCCUCAGGAGGAUGCGGAACCCGAAUUUGGACACAGCCAACGUCACAUCACUAUUUACAACCACAAAAUGCGAAAUGAAAGCCUCCCCAGUUCGUCCACUAGGGGCGCUAAUGAGCUCACUGCGACAUGGCAUCAGGAUUCAGGUCUCGGCGCUCUCUGUGAUGUGAACAGUCCAAACGUAAUGGCGACUGCUGGAACAGCAGAUCCUGGAUCAACAGUCCCGACAGGGGCCAGCAGCAUUCGAAAAAUGGCCCCCGCAGAGAUGCCUGGCUCUUCAGGCACAACGCAAAGUAUGAAGAAAACAAUUGGACAUCGAGGUGUAGAGACAACCACUGGGGAGACCACAUACAAAAAAACCACAUCGUCAGCUCUGAAAGGUGCAAUCCAGCUUGGUAUCACUCACACUGUCGGCAGCUUAAGCCAAAAGGCGGAAAGGGAUGUUCUCAUGCAGGAUUUUGUGGUCGUUGAAAGCAUCUUCUUCCCGAGUGAAGGCAGCAAUUUGACCCCGGCUCAUCACUAUAGCGACUUUCGCUUCAAGACUUAUGCUCCUAUUGCCUUCCGUUACUUCCGAGAAAUGUUUGGGAUCCGGCCGGAUGACUACAUGUAUUCCUUAUGUAAUGAGCCACUGAUCGAGCUGUCGAACCCCGGAGCGAGCGGAUCCAUUUUUUAUGUGUCGAGCGAUGAUGAGUUCAUCAUCAAAACUGUACAACACAAAGAGGCGGAGUUUCUUCAGAAACUCUUACCCGGUUACUUUAUGAAUAUAAACCAAAACAAGCGGACGCUGCUUCCUAAAUUCUACGGGCUGUACUGCGUUCAGGCGGGUGGGAAGAACAUUCGCAUCGUGGUGAUGAACAAUCUCUUGCCCCGAAUCGUCCCCAUGCAUCUCAAAUACGACCUGAAAGGCUCCACCUACAAGAGACGAGCUUCUCCAAAGGAAAGGGAGAAGGCCGUCCCGACCUACAAAGACCUGGACUUCAUCCAGGACAUGCCCGACGGCCUGCUGCUGGAAGCCGACAACUACAAUGCUCUUUGCAAGACCAUUCAGAGGGACUGCCUGCUCUUGCAGAGUUUCAAGAUCAUGGACUACAGCCUGUUGAUGGGGAUUCACAACAUGGAGCAGGCGAGCCGAGAGAGGGAUCGCGGCGGAGGCCCCUUAGGGGAUAACGUGGUGUCAGAAGGUGCAGUGACUCCAGAUCAACGCCGGCCACAAGCCCAGAGAAGUCUGUACUGUACAGCCAUGGAGUCCAUCCAGGGGGAGGCCCGGGGCAAGGGGGCAAUGGAUUCAGAGGACCACAUGGGAGGAAUUCCAGCUCGGAGUUCAAAGGGAGAGCGGCUCCUCAUCUAUAUUGGGAUCAUAGAUAUUCUCCAGUCCUACAGAUUCAUUAAAAAGUUGGAACACUCCUGGAAGGCGUUGGUUCACGAUGGGGACACUGUUUCCGUCCACAGACCAGGCUUCUAUGCGGAGCGUUUCCAGCAGUUCAUGUGCAACACUGUGUUUAAGAAGAUUCCACUUAAACCGUCACCGUCUAAGAAGAGUCGUGGCGGCGGUCAGGGAGGACUGAGGAGGGCCCCCACUCUCGGAGCUCCCACUCCAUUAUCCCACGCAACAACACAGCCAGCUGUUGAUUCCAGAGCGGUGUAUCACAGCCCUUUUAAAAGCACAGACGCGGAGGCUGACAGUAGUGUGCUGUCCGGCAGACCGGAUCUGGUUCCGAAGACGCCUCCGCUGCCAGACAACCCCGCUGACUGCGAGGCCAACCUCUCCACCUCCUCACUCGGGAGCACAGGAGCUCCCUCCUCCUCUCCUCCACUGCGAUCCGUAGGAGUGGAAGUUCACAAAUCGGCAAAUACAGACAAUGACCUGGGAGCCUUACCUGGUUUUGGGGCUGAAGGUGCUGCUGAUAAUUCAGGCAACCUGUCUGGAAACGAAGAUGUAGUUUCUCUUUCUGACGUCAUCCCAGAGACCAACAUCUAGUUUUGAAUAAGGAAAAACAACCCACGUGGUCUGUUUUAGAAGAUGAGGAGAUCCUGCAUGAGAGAACAAAAAUGAAGAACCCGUCAAAGUAAAAGUUGUCUAUUCGCCUCGGUCGUCCCAUUGCACUUGUGACGUCUUCUCAUGGUUUGGAGCCGUGGAUGAAGGCCAGAGGCGCUGAAGAGUUUUGUGACAGAGUAGAUCUAAGAAGAUGGAAUCAUUGUUACGUUUCCAAUGCCUCCUUAUUUGUUGGCAGCUUUGUUGUAGCUGUGGCACACUUUCUACAAUCGUUCGUACACGAGUGCUGCAAAGGCACGUUUAGAAAAAGGAAAAAAAGGGUCAAUAGUAAAAAAAAAUUGUUAAUUUGGAGAGCAACGGUUCCAAGAAACGCUUAAUGUAGAGCAUUUGAAAGUCAGAACCUCCGAGGACGGGGUGUACAUGUUUAUUUUGUACCCAUGCCAAGGAAAGGGGGGCAAGAUUUCUGUUAACCUGCACUCCAAUAUAGUAUUAAACCCCCUUCAUUCAACCUGCCCCUCUACACUCCUCAUCAAAAGAGCCAAAUGAAGCGUUUAGUCAAUAGAAGUUUUUCGAUCAACACUUGCUGCUGUCAAAUCUGCAAUCGACUUACAGUAAGUCUAGCGUUCAGUCCAGACGAAGCAAAGUCAUUUUGUUUCACGCUUUAAGUUAUUGUCCUGGAAGCUACACCUCCGUCUCCCCGCCGGUGGAAUGUACUUCGCUUUGUUCUCAUAAAAAUGUGUCUUACACAGCCUUUGGAUGCCGUUAACUGAAUUAAUUUAUUGAGAAUGUGUUCGCGUUCAGGUCUGUUUUCUGUCGUGUCUGUGCCUUCCACAUCUUCAACUUCCUCAACAUGUAAUGUUCCAUGUUUCGUAGGAAGUGCUCUAGCUGCCUUACGACUAGCCGAGGUCAUCACACUGCCAUUUGAAUGGAACAUCCAGUCUGAGAACUUGUGAUUUGACUGCAAACACUAGCACAAUCCUCCGCCAUUGAUCCUUUUAUUUUAGCUUCAUCAGCUGGAAUAUUCCUUUCCCUUCAUCAGACAGCAGGGACACCUACCAGUCCUUCAUUUCUGACGGUUCCAGAAAUGACACCUGCCCACAUUCUGUCUUGGACCAAUGCUACUAACCAUCUGGAUGAGGGUUUGCUGAAUAGUUUUCUUUAUAAUCUGCAUUAGGAUUUCUGUGCUGAAAGCUGAUGGAGAUUUCUUGUGAAGUCACUUGAAUGUAGCAUCAUCUGACAUCUCGUUUUAGGAUUUAAUCCUGUUAGUGUUACACAUUGUGGUAGAGGGGAGCAGGGUCAUUGUACGGAGGAGAAAUAGAUGAUAUUGAUGCUGCAGAGGUGGGGCUUUUAUUUUGGAAUGAAGUUACGUCACCAAAGAGAAGAGCCUGGAAACUGACUGAAGGGUUGCUUAGUGACCUGGGGAGAGAACAAAAAAACGGGACAAAACUCCUGUUUGGACUGACUUGUUUUAUAGAGUAUUAACAGUGGGUUGACUGUUGAACUGGAUUUCUAAUGGUGGCUUUGUUUUAGGAAUCAGUUGAUAACUGGAUGUUUGAUUCUUUUGCAUCACUACCAAAAACAGCUUUUUUUUAAUUGCUGUUGGCUGCAGAAUUUGACCUCACAUUCCUUCUUGGUUGCAGUAAAAAUCUGCCAUUUAAUGCUUUUGCAUUAUAAUGAAGACAUACUGUAAGUAUUUCUUGGAAAAUACUACAAUAAAGAAAAAAAAAGAUUUUUCUGAUUUUAAAACUGAACACUCCCAAGAAAUCUGGUUCUUCAAAAUAAAAAACCUUAUAUUUUGACAGUUGGAUUUUAUUGUUUUUGUGUUGUAACUCCCUAAAAUGAUUCUUACAGGUCAAUUUUUGUUGUUUUAUUCAAAACAAUACCUUUCUUAGAAGAAAAAAGCUAUCUGGUGCUUUAGGAAGUUGUACACUACAGUUAUUUUGAAGGAAUGCAAUAUGAACCACAAUCUACCACUUUGGGUGGUUUAUUUAAUGACUGAAGAAGGUUGAAGUAACAGAGUUUGUAUGAUCUACUUGAGAUGAUUGUAAGCUGUAAACUGAAAGAAGGAUGUCUGGAACUUUAUAGCUUGUAUUGACUAUAAAGUCGACAAAAUGACAAUUUCUCCUUUUUGUACUUUUCCAUUGUGUAAAUAAUAAUAUUGUCUUUCCACGAUGAUUCUAGAUUGUCUAUCUCCCAUUUUAUACAUGAAUGUUUUGACUGGCUUUUCAGCCAACAUUGCUGGUUCUCUUACAUGCUUCAAUUAUUAUUAUUAUUAUUAUUAUUAUAAUACAUUGUUUUCUGUAUAAAAUGUUGAUAUGUACAUAAGAGUCACAGAAAUGCCUUGUCAUGCAACGUGUGCUGCCUGUUCCUCCUACCAUGUUUCAUUUGAGUGGUGGUGAUGUUUCCAUUUCUGAUUUUAAAGAAUUAAAAAUAUUUUCUAAAUCUU